AUGUCUGCACAGCUGCCUGAUGCUAAGAGCUCCGACAUUGAGCUCACCCAACCCACCCACGAAGAAGCCAUACAACAAACCAGACUGAACAGCACAGAAUGGAAAGGCCCCCUGUCCCUCGAUGCAUAUCUAGGAAGAGAAGAACAUCUUGGCAAACAGAAAUUAAUUCGCGAUGGCGGUCUUACACCUUGGGCAUUGGUGACAAAAGACGGCAAUCCUCGUACUGUGCUUUCGAGCUGUGAGACCAUUCGCAAGAAAGCCCUUGUUGCUCAGAACGGCCACGUCAAGGAAGUGAUCUGUCAUGGUGUCGCUAGCGUUUUCUGUCCUCCAGAGUACCGUGGUAAGGGUUACGCUGGGAGAAUGAUCAAAGAUUUGGGAGAGAAGUUGCAAAGCUGGCAGACCGACGGGCAUGAUUGCUUGUUCAGUGUACUUUAUUCGGACAUUGGCAAGGUGAGUUCUGUUAGAACAUUCCGGUCAUCUUUUGUAUCUAUGCUCACGUUGACAGNNCAAUUCUAUGCUGCGCAUCAGUGGAAGCCAUUCUCGUCGGCCCAUGUCUCGCUUCCUCCUUCAAACCACCCCCAACACGACUCUCUUCCGGAAGCGAAACUUUUAUACGCUAGCGACCUGGCGGAGCUGUGCGAUACUGAUUCAGAGCUGGUACGCAAGAAGCUCACCAAUGUAGCCUCUUCAGGCAAGACGUUUGCCUCGAUCAUACCCGAUGUCGAAACUUUUACAUGGCAUCAUGCGCGCGAGGAGUUCGUUGCAAAGGAGCUGCAUGGAAAGUCUCCCGAAGUCAAAGGAGCCAUUGUCGGUAGUGAAAAGGGCAAGCGAGUGUGGUGUGUAUGGAUGCGCACAUGGUACAACAGCGACCCUCAAAGCUCCAAAGACAAUACACUGAACAUCCUUCGACUCGUUGUGGAGGAUCCUGAGUAUACCGACUCCUCUGCAGCUUCGGAUGAAGGUGUGGAGAAAGCUAAGGGUACAUAUGUGACCAACGCCAUUGCAUCACUGUUGGCUGCAGCUCAAGCGGAUGCCAGUAAGUGGAAUAUGGGCGAGGUCAAUAUCUGGAAUUCUACAUCUACUACUCUGGCAGCUGCAAAGCAGUUGGAUCCCGCAGCACAAGUUAUCCACCGCGAAAAGGACAGUAUUGCGAGUUUGAGAUGGUACGGAGAAGGAUCGGUGGACGAUGUUCAAUGGCUUGAUAACGAAAAGUAUGCUUGGUGCUGA